GAAAACUGGAAAAGUUUUAGCGCCAAAGGGUUACAGAAAUGUGUAUUCAAUACAAAAAGGAAACGAAAAAGAAACAGUGACAGUACUAUUAGUCUUUUCCGCUAAUGGUAAAACUGUUAAUCCAAUGGUUGUUUUUCCAUUUAAAAGAGUUCCCAAGGAUGUAGUGAACAGUCUCCCGGAGACCUGGUUCCUCGGAAAAUCGGAAACCGGAUGGAUGAUCAGUGACGUGUUCUUUGAAUACAUUGCUAAUUGUGUCCAUAAAUGGUUAGAAGAAAAUCAAGUCCCUAGGCCAGUUUUGCUAUUUGUCGACGGUCAUAAGUCUCACAUGACUAUGGAACUUAGUGAAUUCUGUGAGAAUAAUAAAAUUAUAUUGUACGCACUUCCUCCCAAUACAACACAUAUAAUGCAACCAGCGGACGUCAGUGUUUUUAAGCCGUUGAAAUCUGAGUGGAAAAAUACAUUGAGGGAAUGGCAAAAUAAAACGGAAAAUAUUAACAAAGUCCUUUCAAAAUGCACUUUUUGUCCUCUGUUGCAUUCCGUGCUGUCAGCAAUAGAUUUGGAAGACACCAUUAAGAAUGGGUUCCGGAAAUGUGGACUUUAUCCGUUUAACCCUGAGAACGUCGAUUAUACAAAGUGUGUAAGAAACAAUUUGGAAAGAAUGACAAAUAGGAGCGAUGCAAAUAAUGGUUUACAUUUAAUGGACUUCGACAAAGCAAUUCAAGUAAUAAACCUAAUAAGUUCAAGGCUUAAUUCUCGGGGAAUUGACGCUAACAUAGUUGUUGAAGAGAUUGAGUCUCUGAAAAACUCUGAAGGCGAACAAGAUAUUGAAUUAUUAGCCAACGUAACCGUGCAGCCCAGUUCAUGUAUAGUCAAUAAAGACUGGAUUUUGGAAAAAGAAACCCGGCUACGCUCUUCAUCUCCAUUAAAUGAAAAUAAUGCACCGAUAUUGACUUUUUGUUCGUCUCCCACUACAUCCAGAAAUGUAGAAUUGUCGUUAAAACCAACGAAAGAUUCACCUAAAUCAUCAGUAACUAGCGCACUUAUUAGAAAUGUUUUAAGUCCCGUUAACUUAUCCAAACCAGGUUCUUCCAAGUUUUUACAAAACGAAGAAGGGUCUGUGUCAAAAUCGUUUAAAAGCCAUAUUCAAUUCCCUAGAUUGACAUCAGCAGUAAAACCCAACUCGAGAAUCAAGCCUCCAAGUGCAAUUUCUGCACUUGCAUGGAGGGAGCAUAUUCAAGCAGUAGAAAAUGAAAAAAUUGCCAAGGCAAACGCAGUACAAGAGCGAAAACUGGAACGCCAGAAACGAAAAUUGGAGAAAUUAGAAAAAAUAAGAAAAAAUAAAAGAGGAAAGAAAAGGGAAAAGCGUAGUUCUUUCAACGAAGAACUUGACAGUGAUGUGGAAGACUGAUACCAAUGCACCUGUGAAUUAACUUAUUUUAUUCCUAAUGUUUAAGUUUAAGUUAAACCAAAAUGAAUUAAAAACAGUAACUAGGUUAAAAGACAAAAUAAACUCCAAAUAUUAAAUUUAUUCUUUUUUUCUUUUAUCUCAUUUUUAUUUUAAUUAAAAAUCCAUUUACUAAAGGUAACCAUACUAUUUCAAAUUCUAGAUUAAACUGUGAAUUAGUAAUAUAUAAUUGUUUUGUACUAUUUGAAAUAAAAAAUAAUAUAAAAAAUAAUAUUUUCUUUAUUGAAAUACAAUAUGCCGACUACUGGCAAAUAGACAUGCCGAGCAUUGGAAAAUGGUGCCGACUACUGGCAAAAAACCACUGUUUUAGUAAAAUUGCAAAUUUUACCAAUUUACUAAAAACAAAUUAAAUUUUUGUUUAUUAUUUCCAAAACUAAACAAAAUUUGGAAUCCAAACAACUUUAGUUUUCUGCAAUUGAAAGAUUUUACUCAGAAUAUUGAAAGAUUGA